AUGGAGGAGAAGCACGAUGAAGCAGAGUUCUGGUUGCCGUCCGAGUUCUUAACAGACGAGGAUAUACUCAUGGACCACAAGAAGUCUAUCUCACCUGGGCUUCGUUUUCCCGCACCUUUUCCCUUCGAUUAUGGGUCAUCUGCACUGAGUUCUCCUGUUGAAUCCCUUGUUGGCUCUACAGAAACUGAAAGUAGUGAUGAGGAGGACUUCUUGCUUACUGGGUUAACUCGCCAGUUAUCCCUGCGUGAUGCCCCUAAAUUUAUCCCCACUCAACCAAAUCAAGAGAAGGCAAACAUGUUGUCUGGUUCGCCACAGUCGACCCUGACCAAGGUUGGGAGUUGGUCGGGUCGGAGCUCCGGUUCCAGUAACGGAAGCCCGAAUGGUCCCUCUCAGGUGUCAUCCCCUCCAACGACUCCGCUGGCAGCUGAGAACGACCCUUGGGAUCUGAUAUACCAAGCUGCAGGUCAAAUUGCAAGGCUUAAGAUGAGCAGCGGAGAUAAUCAUCCCUCAAGAAAUCCGGGCAUUUUGGGUCCACCCAAGCGUCUCCCCACUCCCCCGCCGCUGCAAAACAAAUCUGCCUCAUGCUUCUACGAACCCCAGGUGACGAGGCAGGACGCAUGUGGGAUGUGGAGCAGGGAAGUUAAUAACGGGUGGAGAGUUGAUUCUCAAGAGAUUUUGCAAAACAUUAGUGGAAGAAUUGGAGUGGGCAUCGGAGGAAAUGGUAUGGGGCCAUCUCCAUGUGUUUGGUCGAGUCAGCAAAGAAAUCCUCAGUUUGGAGAUUUCGGUGUUAAGGGAAGAACGUAUGUCGGAGCUGGAUAUGGGUAUGGGUUUGGAUACGGAUCUUCCGGUGGGGUCGGCGGUGUUAGUGGUGGUUUGAAAAGGGAACGUUCUGGGACCGGCGUCUUUUUACCUCGAAGAUAUGAGAAUAAUAACUAUAAUAGCAAGGCAUCAGAAUAUCGGAAGAGGCCAGGUUCUCCGGCGAUGUUUCCCCACAAGCCUGUGCAAACCUUCAACGGAAAUGUGCAAUCAAGAUCAUGUAUCAAUAGCAGCAAUAUUUCCCCAGGAGAUUAUGAAGCUGCCUUGGCCAGAAAAAACGCGUUGUUAGCUCAACAGAGGCGAAAUUUAUGUCCGGAAACAACUUCAACUAGCCAAGAAAUAUGUCUUCCUCCGGAGUGGACUUACUGAAUGGAAGACGGGGUUUUUUUUAGUGUCCCAAAGUUGAAGCAAAAACAACAGUCGAAACAAUUAGAAUUGGUAGAAUGGUUAGUGGUUAGUGGUGCUUUCAAUCCUUUGAAGUAAAAGGGUUAGGGUAAUAGGGAUUGUUUUUUAUUAUUUAUUAAAAAAAAAGUCGUUACAUUUCAAUAUUUAUUAGUUUGGGAAAAAUAAGGAAGAAUGCAGGUUUGCUUAGGUGGAGAUAUACAGUCAGAAAAUGAGGAGGGUGCUCAUUUUUUGUUUGCAAUAAGAAAGAUUAGAGGUAAAAUAAAUUUAAUUAUUACAGCGGGUAGUACCAAAAAUAGGGAGGGUGGGGAUUGGGGAGAAGUGUUUUUGUCUCUCUUGUAACCUUUUGUGGAAGUGUGGUGUUGUAGUAAAAAGUAGAAGGUUGAGUGCUAAUCGCAGCCCCUCUACAUAUAAUGUAAUACUAGUAAUAGUAUUAAAUAAUGGAAUGCAAGUGAUUUUAAUUUUUAUAUUGUUUAUUUUUGAUGAAUUUAUUGCUUGACGAACGGUACGCGUUUUAGAAGUUCCAAACUGACAGAAACAUGAGCUGGUAAACUACUUGUUGCUUAGGGGUGUGGUGUUGUUAAAUGUUAACUAUCGAGUGAAUAGGAAAGGAAAAAAAAUCAAAAGUAAAGUAGACCUGCUCAAAGUUCUAGUUUGCAUGAGGUGGGGUCUUCAAGGAUUUUCCAUUUGUUUCAAAACAAAUUAUGGAGGACUGUGUGUGUGUGUGUGUGUGGACUUUUGGUCUUGGAAGCGGGUAACUUCGGCGUGAAGCAGAGGAGGGAUUUGUGGUGGUGCUGGCCGAAAAAAAGUGAAAACGACAUACUACUUGGGGGAAGGUAAUGGCCCCCACAGGGUAUUAAAUUUGUGGGACCCGGCACGAGUGUCGUAUCGGGGGUCUAAUGUGUAAUGGGGAUUUUAUUUUUUUUUUGUCUUUUGAAAACGGUAUUGGAGGAACUUGGGGGUUUUAAUUUUCCCGGUUCUUUUUCAGAUUUCAAAGUGAAGAAAGAGGGAAACGGGAGUGGGGAACAUUUUCGGUUAUUGUGUGAUUUAGGUGGUGCUUGUGCUUUCACUGCUGGACUCUUUGACUUUUGGUCAACCUUUGCUUUUCUCGAUUCUUGUUCAUCUUCCCCCAGCUGUUCACCAUUUUUUAUUUUUUAUUUUUAUUUUUGGAUUUGCACCCAUACACCUCAAUGUAAUCUCAUGCAUUUUUUACCUCAUGAAUUUGGUAAAUUUGCCCAGAA